AAUAAACUUCACUUCCCAUGAUUCUCCAGUGACGUGGGCAUGGGAAGCUGUGACGAUAAGCAGCUAGUUGGCUUUGAUUAAUUUGUGAUAUUAUCAAAUGAAUAUCUUGCGUUUUUUGCUGGUUAAAAAACACGGGGAGUCGGGAACUUUUUGUCGUCAUCCAAACGUCGAGCGAGACUAAGAAAGGAGGAUGUUUAUCCUGCCAACCCUACUUUAAGAUCUACACACACACAAAAACAAUCUGAUGAAAAUUCAUUGCAACGUUACUGAUUCCGUCAUGGAAGACAAGGCAAAUGGUUCUGUUGACACCAAAAGCCCAGUAGAGAAUGGCCAGCUUCCAGAUCCAGCCAACUGGGCGGUCGCUGAUGUGGUCAAUUACUUUAAAGCGACAGGGUUUGAGGAGCAGGCCACAGCAUUCCAAGAUCAGGAAAUCGAUGGCAAGUCAUUGCUCCUGAUGACACGUAAUGAUGUGUUGACGGGCCUGUCGAUAAAGCUGGGCCCAGCCCUAAAGAUUUAUGAGUAUCACGUGAAGCCGCUGCAAACCCAACACCUAAAGAGCAACGCCUGUUAGCACGUCACCAGGAGCUCGAUAUUCUCCCACCUCAGUGACAAUCGACGACUCCCAACCAGCUAUCCGUUGGCAGAGACUUCUCUGGCCAUAUGGCACCUUAAAACUGGAUCAGUUUCACAAUGUUUUUUCGAAGCGUGCAGGACCCCAAACACGGAUAUGGGGUCUAAUGAGCUGUUUUUAUUUCUGCUGCUUCAGAUUUGUAUUUUACUUUUUAUUCGUCAUGUUUUAUUUAAGAUUUGAAUUCUUAUUGAGGAUGGUUUAACAUCUCUAAUUUGUUUGUGUAAAUUGUGUUAUAUGUUUGUGUGAGUGUCAUGAACUUGUGAUGGUUUUAAAAAUUGUACAUAAGAUGAUAUAUGAUUGAAAACACUUUGAUAUGGCAGAAAUUACAGAUGUGGUAUUGUUGAAUAUGUCCUAAGAAAAAAAAAAAGUCGCAUGCAUGCUCUACAAUGCGCUGAGUCCAUGCCUUGCCACUUGGCUGGAAAUAUGCAGUUUUAUAUUUUCCCCAGAUACAACAAGACAAACUCGAAAGGUCCUGCUCGGUUCUUCGGAAAUAGAAAUGUGUCUAUAAUGAUGAUGUCCUUACUUGCCUGUGGUGCUUCAACUUGUUUGAAAAAAAAAAAAAAAAGACUAAUCAGGUGUGCGUGUGGUUUUGACCUUGUACAACACUGGAUGGAGUUUGAAUAUUUCACUCAAAGACUUGCAAUAAACGGUGCUCUUUUCUCACCAAAGAACAA